AUGACAACUUAUGGAACCAUACCAUCAGCUUCGUCACCCCUGCCAUCGUCCAACCUCGAGUUCAUCUCCCAUGCCAAGGCGCGGAUCAGGACCGGCCUCGCCACCCGCCAGCCAUGGAAGGAGAUGUUCCGGCUCUCCGCCAUGGCCCCUCCGGAUGGCCUCGGCGCAUCCGUCGGGCGGAUCCAAACGAACGUCGCGGUCUUCCGCAUGAACUACGCUGUCAUCGUGCUCACGAUCCUCUUCCUGAGCCUGCUGUGGCAUCCCGUGUCGCUGAUCGCGUUCAUGGUGAUGAUGAUCUUGUGGCUGUUCCUGUACUUCCUGCGGGAUCAACCGCUGAUCUUGUUCGGCCGGGAGAUCGACGACCGGGUGGUGAUGACCACGUUGUUCGUGUGCACCAUCCUGGCGCUGUCCUUCACUCAUGCGACCGAUAACAUAAUCGUGGCGCUGUUUAUCGGAGUCAUGGUGAUCGUAGUGCAUGGAGCAUUGAGGGGGACGGACGAUCUGCUGGUGGAUGACGAUCGACAAGCCGCCGGAUCCGGCGGCGGAGACGCCUUGAAUCCGCAGUUUCGGGAUCCUAUGUAUUCUUUGUCUUAG